GUGGGGUAAACCCAAUAUGUAAAUGUGGGCCAAAAGAAAUGGGCUUCGAGUGUCUUGUUUCUCUCAUUGCAACUUGCGGUCCCCACGCAGACGCUGUAGGAAAAGAAAGUGUUGUAACCAAAGCUGUAAUUCCGUAACUAAAAAUUACAGUGGCGGGAACGGACGGCGACCACCGUCAUUUAUUUCAUCCAUACAAAUAUAUUAAUCAUCGAAACUUGUCGCCUAAGUCGGUCUGACUGAGUCUUCGAGAAGGGAAGCAAAAAGAAGAUGAGGUCGUCAUCAUCGCCGUCGCAACGGCGGUCGGCGGCGGUAUUGAGCAGUCGGCUGACCACACUUCAUGAACGACUUUACAACUCUCUCAAACUCGGUCAAUUCUUCAGAUGUGAUGAUAGCCGAGGGCAGAAAUGGGCGAGUGCGGACAUUGAAACUCAGAAAGUGGUCAUUCGCUCUAUUGAUGCUUUUCUUGACUAUGUUUCCAGUGAGAGAAUGUCUAAUCAUCAGCUCGUAAAGGACUCUAUUAAUGAUAUGGCUGGCGCAUUAGAAAGUGUUUUGGAGUUUAAAAAUGAAUCAGUUUUGAGGUUAGCAUCAGACCUUGCUGCCAAGAUGGUGCGUGUUUUGCCGAGCUCGUUGCUGGAACCACACGUCACCUAUCUAGUUGACAAUUUACUGCCCCUGUUAUCUAGCCAGCAGCUUUCUGUUUCCGUUUCGAGUGCAACUGCCUUGAAUUGCAUUUUUGCCAAUCUUAGUCGCAAAAGAGAGAAAGAAAUUUGGGAGAUAUUGGAAGGUAGAGACUCGGUCAAUAUUGUUAUAGAAAAUGUGAAGGAUUCCUGCAUCGAAGAUAAAUUCAUCGAGUAUUAUGAAGAAAUGACUUCUCUAUUGAGUCAGAUAUUGUGGCGAUGGCCUCCCUCUAGAUUUUCUGCCUGGAACGAUUCUAAAUUAUGGGAUUUUUUAGGUGACCUCUUACUCAAACCCAUAAGUUCGUUGAAAGCUGCUGUCUUGCAUGUUUAUUCUAGCUUAGCUCUUUGUGGCUAUGGGGCCAAGAAGCUCCUGAGUAAUGGGAAAAUCAUUCUUGAAGUGAUGGUGGACUGUAUGAACAUCUCAGAGUCCUAUUCAAUCCAGAUGGAAGGGUUUAGACUUGCCCAGUGUUUAAUGGUCAGUGAACAAGGAUGUGCGGAAGUGAUGAAAUUGUGUGGCAAGCCACUUGUCAAUGCCAUAGUUAAUGGAAUGAGAUUUAAAUGGUUAACAUCCGAGAAGCUUAGUAAAGAUCAAAUGUCACUGGUUCUGGAAGCUUGCCAUAUGGCUCAAAUCACUCGUUGGAUUGGGAAUCAUCAUACUUAUUUUUGGAAAGCUAGAGUUGACACUGCUCUGCUUGAUAUUCUUUUAGCCCAUUUGGGCAUAACCCGCCAGUCUCUGCAUCACGCAUCCCUUAAGGAACAGAUAGGUGUAUUGGAGGGCGGUCGUAGAGAUAGUGUUCUUUCUUCCCUGAUACCAUACGUCUGGGAUAUCUUGGCGGGCCUUUUAGUGAACAUGACUGAAGAUUUAUGCCGCACUAUGCAUGAAUUGACACUUGAACUGAACAUCCUCAUUACAUGUGCAUGCUUGGCCUUUAUGGAAUCUAAUCUUGUUGUAUGCCAGAUUUCUCGAAGCACAAUUAGCGACACAGAUGGGAGAGAAUCAUCAUCAAGAGCAGUUCUCCAGAUGGUUUAUUCACCUUGCAAGCACAUUGCUUCUCAAGCCAGGAUCAUUUUAUCUGAGGUAUUGAAGUUCUUCGGUAAGGACAACAUUGAUUACUUAUUAGGUAUCCUGCGUUCCACCACCCACAAAAACACACAUCUAUUGCCUAGCAACUUUCAAGUUGUCAUAAGUUUGAUAACAUUGGCCUGUUAUACUAGUCUACCCACAUUUGAAAAGCGAAUAAUUGAACUUCACGGAAUGGGGACUCUGUUGGCUUUUUUAAAGGGAUGGUUUAACAACCCCACCUAUGUGAAAAGGUCCAAUCUUGAACCUCAUCUCAAUCAUCCUUUGACCGAAAGAAUAUGUUGCCGUCAAUGCAUUGGAGACUGGGACGGUGAAGAUAUGCAAUUGGUUUUUUGUCUUUGGGGCUUAGCUCAGUUGAUACACAAUUCGGCCACUCGUGGUGAUGCCACUGGUAUUAAAUCAGAGCUUGGUGAAUCUAAGAUUUUUAAAGAACUUGAGGACGUAUGCUCUAAUAACCGUUACUCCCCUGCGUCAAGAUGGUACGCUGCUUUUACACUAAGUCAUUUCGGGCUGUAUGGUUUUCCAAGUAAAUUAGGGAAAAGGAUUUGGAAAACAUUUAAGGAAAAUGAGCUUACCGAUCUGGAAAUAAUUUUUGCCAACCAAUGUUCUUUACAUGCUCAUGAAGUUAUUCUUUCAGCCAGAUGUCCACAAUUGCUUCAUCAGCGAGAAGAGCAUCUUAUCAGUUGUUCUUCAGUAGGACAGAAAAGUAGAGAAGUUCGUCUCUCUUCUCGUGUGGAUUAUAAAUCACUGCAUAAGUUGAUGGAAUAUGUGUACUCAGGAUACAUACAAGCCGGUGCAGAUGUGAGAACUUUGAAAGUUUUAGUCAAGCACUGCAACUUGCAGCCUCUAUUGCACCUACUUAAUCAGAAAAGCCCCAGAUGGGGUUCUCCUGUCCCAACCUUUGACCUUAGUUCUGCUCUUGGAUUAGCUGGAUACAAUUCGUCGUAAGAAUCUUGUUCCUUUAUUAUUUGUUACUGUCCAUUCAAGUUAGCAUCCAUUACAUAAUGUAAUAUCUUUGUCUAGUAGAAGCAAUGUUACAAAUUUAGGACUGAUUUCUUGUUGGAUUAAUUGUUAAAUGCAGUGAGAAGUUAACAAACUGCAAUUUGGGGUAUUCAUCCCCUAUACUUGUUUGGUUUUUUGGUUGAAGACAUAAGGCGUGUUCACGGUAGAGAGUGUUAUUCCUCCAUUGGAUAAAAGUGACGUUGAGAAUACAAAGAUAUUGCUCCGUCAUUUUUGUCCACUUGGAAAUGACUGCUUUUACUGUGAAAAGUGAAAUGAUUUCGUCUUGAAGCCAGAAACGCUUUGGUAACUUCACUCUUUUUGUUGUAAUGUAACAUUGCAGUGAUGUUAUCCUUGAAAGUGAUACAACUCAGCUGCCGCAGUGGAGAUGCAAUUUCUGCUCCUCAUCUGUUCCACAUAUUCACGCACAUAAGGUUGUAUUAGUUUCAACUUGUGAUCAUUUGCAAGCCUUGUUUCAAUCAGGAAUGCAAGAAAGGUACGUAAUGAGUUAACUUCUGUCUCAUUUUGCUUUCUCAUUUGAUCCUAGCAAGAAUAAUUUCAUAAAAUGUUGCAGUAGUACAGCUUUUCCUUACUCUUACCAUUUACUUGCUAGUUCCUUCCAAUUGGAGCUGCAAAUAUGUAACACAUCAAAACCACAGCUAUUAAUUUAGUUAUGCGUAUUUCUUGACUCUAUGGUUAGAAGUGGUGGUUCACUAGUCUUUCACUUGGGGUAAAGGCAAAGCAAAAGUUAGGAUUGAUAGUUAAUUCUUCUUAUUUGGAUAUUCAUACCAUUAAACAUUCACCUAACCACGACCACUCACAGACGCAUAAUGCUGAAGAAUGUAACAAUUUUCAUCUUUGAUACAUAUCUGGAACUGAAUUGCAGUUGUGUAAUGUUGCAGCUGUUCACAAGCAAUCAAAGUACCUGUUUGUUGGGACUCAUUAAGUAAACUUGUGGCCUGGCUGUAUUCCAAUGAGUUGCCAAAACCCAUGUUCGAUUGCAUGUGGUUCAAUCUAACAUUUGAUCAGAAGCUUCACGAAUUGAGAUCUUACGUUGAGCUUUGUUGGCUCUCUGAUUGUUGGCUUGAACAAGACCUUCAGGAACAAUGCUUUCAAGUUGUAAUAUCUGGCCUUGAAACCGACAGAUAUAUAUCCGUAGGGCUAAUUCAGUCCGCUGUUAAUUUGUCUCAAUGGAAGUUAGCUGAAACCAUGGCAAUGUACAUGGCACCAUUGUAUAACCAGCUACGGAGUAGUGGUGAUCUUGAUCGACUCAGUGAGGAUAUUGUUGAAAUGGUGCGUGCUGCUUCUGUUCGACUAUUAUAGAACAAAUAAUUGUUUGUCACGGAAAGAAAAGAAGAAAAAGAAAAUGUAGGCAUUUGAUGUGAUAUCACGGUAGUUAGCACUGAAAUUAGAUUUUGUUGUCCAUAGAAAUCCGUUAUGUUCAGUUCAUCAGAAUACGAUUUUAUUUUAACUUUUUUAUGAUGAGGUUAUUUAGAGGUUUUGCGGUUACUAGAUACUGAAUCUUUUUAUGCAUUUUCCCUCUCAUGACUUGUGACAGAUAGAUACAAUGUUAUUUUGACUCCCAUGUGUAAUUGUAGAGAGUUAGAGACACGUCUCAGAUCCAAAGCUUGGCAUUGUUAACAGCUUUUCUCCCAAGCACUCCUCGCUAGUUGUGAGUAUUAUGAUGAUACAUUGUUAACAAUUUUGACUUUGGUUGUUGCUGUGGACGUGAAUAAAAUGACAUCUUGUAAUUUAGUUGUUGAAAAUGUGCUUUCAAUCAAAAGAUAUCCAAU